UGCGUUUCCGGCUAGGCACGAAAGAACAAAGCAAGCGAGAGGUCCGAGCCCAGGCAGCGGGCGCCACGUCUUGGCGCAAAGCGAGCGUUGGAAUUCCCCCGGCCUCCUUUGCCUAGAAAACGCCAGUAGCCAGAGAGCAAGGGAACAGCCCUGAGAUCUACGCAUGGAGGGCAGUAUACAAAUUUAAUAAACAACAACAAUUUACUCUAUAGGUGGCCUUAGACCAAUCAGUGUCCCACACCCGCAGUCUGCUGAUAUGGAUAAAAUGGUACUCAGCUGUCUUUUUUGUGUGCAUGCUUUAAAAACAAUGUUAUUGUGCAGAGUCCCAAACAGACCAUCAUAUAAUUAACUGCAUAAUCCACUUAAUCCCUCAGGCCUGAGGGUUUUCCACCCCUGUCAUAGAGAAUAGUAGGAACCGCUUUAGGUGUGUGUGUGUGUGUGUCACAUAGAAGAUUGAGCCAGCUUGUUUUCUGCUGCUGCAGAGGGUAGGACCCAAACAAAUGGAUUCAAAUGACAAAAAAGGAGAUUCUGGCUAAACAUUAGGAAGAACUUUGUGACUGUAAGGGGAAAGGGUAAGAUGAUAAUAAUAAUAAUAAUAAUAAUAAUAAUAAUAAUAAUAAUAAUAAUAAUAAUGGCAGCAGUGUUUGAUAGUGGAAUGGACUACCUCUGAAGGUGAUGGACUCUCCCUCAUUGGAGAAUUUUAAACAGGUUGGUUAUCUAACUGCCAUGAAUUCUUUAGCUGUAAUCCCUGCCUUGCAGGGGUUGGACUAGAUGACCACUGGGGUCCCUUUCAACUCUAAAAUUCUGUGAUUCUAAUUAACCUCAGCGAUACCAGGUUUUUUGGGGGGAGGGGGGUGCAUAAAUGACAGCAAUAGAAAAGGGGCAGCCUGCUUUAUAAAGGUCUACCAGGUAUACAGUGCUUCCCUAAUAUCUACUGUAAUAUAACCCAAGUCCACCUCGUAAAGCUUAAUCUCUGUAGUUUCUUUUUUAAAAAAAUACAAUCUCCUCUGCUCCAGGCUACUCUUGAUCUCAUUUCUAAACACAAGCACUUCUGCUACUGCUGAGGGAAGGGGGUAGGGUAGACUGUGCAGGAACCAGCCCUCCUCGCCCCCUCCCCGUUUUUCCCAUUUUGCCUGUUAAUUGGCUGAGACCACCAGAAUUUGGAGGACACAGAUGUCACUGAUAGUUUGCCUAGGGAGCACAUUCAUGCCCAUCUGUUGCAGUCUAGAAGGCUGUUCAUACAUCCACAAGGCCUUCAUUUAAUUCUUGUCAGAAAGUAAUGUAAAUCCCGUUUACCUCAGAGGUCGCAGCCGAGAUUUAUGCCAAUGAGCCCCUUGCAAUUUACACACACGCACACUGUAGUUCUAUAGGAGAAAAGAAACCCUUUCAUGUGGGUGCAUAUUAACAAGAGAGCUUGCCUUAGGAAAGGCUGUCCCUGAGUCAGGGUUUUCCUUAUUUUAAUACAGCCGGUGUCGUUCAGCACAUUACAAAUGAAAUAUCCCACCAAUUUCUUGCUGUGGUUUCAACAUAUGCCAGUGGGGAGAAGUGCUGGCCUAUUUAUGAAAGAAAAGGGGAAAAGAAGAUUUAGUUUUCUGCUUGGGUUGGUAUUUACACCAGUGUGUUCAAAGAGCUUGUGGUUAAAUCCUGCAACCAAGUAACAAACAAACAAAGAGAUAAGCUCAGCAAGUAUAAAUGGGUUGAAAAGUGAAUGCUUAUAAUCCAGUUAAUAUCAUCUAGACCUCCCCAGCUCACCUACAACCCACAGUGCACAUCACAAUAUAUCUGUUUUUAAAACUUGCAGCUUCCCCACAAAUUGUAUGUGUUGUGUGGUGAUAGUCUAACAUUUCAAAUCAUAUUAUAAUAUGCAAUAUCAUUUAAGAUACCAUAUUCCUACCUCAGAUUUACAUUUAACUUCAAAUUACAGUUGUAGGAAAGUACAAGGGGAAGAAAUACAGCUCUGCUCAUUUUGAUAAGGAGAGAAACCUCAUUAACUUGAAAGUUAAAAUUUAAAUCUGACCUUUUCAACAGCCAGGCGUUUGGUGCUCAGCCCUGGUCUCCCUCUGCAGGGCCAUGGGACUCAUGCUAUUGAAUUCCAAAGGGAGCAAAAUCUGGCCCUUUAGAAUGAGUGGAUGCAAAAUGCAGUGUAGCGUAAUGACAUGGGUUCAAAGUGGCUUUGACAAGCACAUACUUCAAAGUGCUGAAGGGGCGGGGGAGAAUUUGUACUUGGCUGUACAUUUGGUAUAUCAUUUUAAAAUGUGGCUCUUACUUCUACUCAGAAGUAAGCAGGUAUAGCAAUGCAGCCUAAAUUUGCUUUUUAGAUGACUUGCAGCAGAGAGCAAAAAGGCUGCGCAUACACACCAUGUUGUAAAGAAAACAAGGAUUAAAUCACUAAAAUUAGCCACUGAUUAGGAAACUAUCCUAGAUAAUAGCUAGGGUUCAGCACAGCCCUUGCCUAAGCCUAGAUUUGCAUCACAAAAUGCCUGGGAGAACAAGAUCUGUUUUGACUUGGCACCAGAAUCUCAUCAGAGCUAGAGCAUUCCGUGCCACCAGCGGAAGGGAAUUCCUCAUGGAAGUCAGGGAACUCUCCAGAAUGACUUAGAAUUUGCCACGAGGAGCUGCAAGUGAGAGGAGGAAACCAGCAAAAGUUAGGUGGGGGGAGCUUCUGACAAAACCACAUUCUCUGUCAUUCCAGAAGUUUCCCUCAACUCUCAUGAGUGACAGGCGGUGGGGACUGAAGUGCUUACAAAGGUAUCUCAGCCUAGAAAGGAUCCUUUUCAUUUAGAAUUUGUGUCUUCUCCUCGGUAAUUGAUCGCCGUGCACCCAAAGACGCGCACACCCCACCCAAUUUUCAAGCGAGCAGCAUGGAUAAUCAAAGAACGAUGGCCGCUCUGUUGCAGGAAUGCAAACAGAUGCUGGAUCAGAUCUCACCAGAGGUGCAGGACCAGUCAAAGAGAGACGAAAGCAGGCAUCAGCAGUACAGAGCUUUGCUCCCUGAUGAUCUGAGGACCCUCAUCGAAGAGGCAAAGGAAAUGAAGUGGCCCUUCGUGCCAGAAAAGUGGCAAUACAAACAAGCCGUAGACCUCGAAGACAAAACAAACUUGAAAGAUGUGAUCAGUGCAAGGCUGCCCGAGUUACUGGUUUGUCUGAAAGCCUCCAUUACCACCAGGGACUAUGUGACAGCAGCUGCUAUUGUGUUCCUGAUUGACCGGUUCUUAUAUUGGGUUGAUGGCUCCAGCCAGCUCCUUCGGAUUGCCAAAAGGCUGCACGAGCUCCAGCCUACAACACCAAUUGCCCCUCAGCUGGUGAUUCGCCAAGCUCGCGUCUCUGUAAAUUCAGGUAAACUGUUAAAGGCUGAAUAUAUCCUUAGCAGUCUUAUUAAUGACAAUGGAGCAACAGGUGUGUGGAAGUACUCAAAAGAAAGUGACAGGAUCCUUGUUCAGUCUGUCUGUGUACAGAUCAGAGGACAGAUUCUGCAAAAGCUGGGGAUGUGGUAUGAAGCAGCAGAGCUGAUUUGGGCCUCAGUUUUGGGUUACUUCACACUUCCCCAGCCAGAUAAAAAGGGAAUUGCUACAUCGUUGGGUAUCUUGGCUGACAUCUUUGUAUCGAUGAGUGAAAACGAUUACAACCGGUUUAAAGACAACUAUCAGUUUCACCUGAAUCUUCUGAAAGAGUUUGACCACCGUUUACUUUCAGCUGCUGAAGCGUGCAAGUUAGCAGCAGCUUUCAGCCAGUUCACGCCACUGUUUGUGCUCACGGCAGUCAAUAUCCGUGGAAUGUGCUUGCUGUCUUACAGCUAUUCAAGCGAAUGCCCUUCCGCAAAGCAGAAGCUUUAUUUGUCUGAAGCAAAGGAGUCCUUUGAAAUUGGCCUCCUUAGUAAGAAGGACAAAGAACCAGUCACCAGCAAACAGGAGCUCCACAGUUUUAUCAAGGCAGCUUUCUGCCUUACAAAAGUGCACCAGAGGCUCUACGGUGAGAGCGAGAGACUUAGUCAAGUGAAUAGGUUGUGCCAGGAAGCCUUACAGAAGCUGUAUGCUUAUAGUCAUUUACCGCAUACUGAAGAGCAGGACAAAGAACAGCUUGCCAAGGAUAUCAUGUGCCUAGUCAUGUUAGUUAAAGAGCACUUAAAUGUGCAGGAUUUCCGAAACUCAGAUGCCAAGUCCUGCAUUCCAGAUAGCUACAAAACUGGUGUUGGAAAGUCAAUUGUGAACGGUGAAUUAAGCUUCGAGAAAGUCCUUGAAAUGUAUUCCCAGCAUCAUGCAGCAGUCUGUGAAGUUUAUGGAAGUGUUUGCCACAGCUACAAGAUGAAAUCAGAAAGCCAAGCAGGAGCCUGUAUAACAGCUUUGAAAACGGAAACCAAAAAUAUGGACACCAUGUGUACCACUGAAGAAAGAUCACAUCAUAGGAAAGACUCUGCAAAGAUCUCACUUUCACAAAAAGGAAGGACUAAUCGCGAGGGUUUUAAGGAGCAGAUGCGACAGAAAUUAUUCCAUGCCGCUGCCCUUGAUGAAGAGGUAGAGUGCAUUCCUUCAGAAAGAAGUCAAAGACACACGGGUGGUAUUUCAAGUAAUUCUCAUAGCAGGAGUGAAAGUUCCAGUUCAUUGAGCUCUUGGAGCAAAUUCUCCAAAUCGAGUUCCUUUACUAGUUGGGAGGAGAUUGACUGCAAUGAAAAUGAACUGCCCCAAGAUAAGGUACAGAAACAAAAGCCUACUGGAGGUAAGGAGCAAGAAUGUUCUGCAGCUUUGACCGAAGAUGCUGAAGAGAACUGCCCAAAGCCAGAUCCAUGUGUACUGUUUUCCAAAACUCAUCAGCUCUCUCUUCAAGAGCCUCAGAAUGACUGUUGUGGCUCCUUAAUGCAUCCCUAUAAUAAUAAUAUAGGCAAGACUCACAGAGUAACAGAAUCAUACCCAAAUCUCAGAGAGGCACGCGUAGAGAGAUCAGAGAAUACUUUGAAGCAGUCACCCAGAGAAACCAGUAGCACCAACCCCCAAAAUAGUAAUGAUCUUUUGAGUCCCACUUCUGAACAAGAGCCCAUUAUCCCAUCUUCACUAAUGGAUUCCAGGAGCAAGGACUCCGGUGCCAUUUCUAACCAUAAUCUGUGCAGCAUUGGGAAAGGAAGCACAGAAAAUAUAAUUGAACCAAUAUCUAGACAUUGUUGGCCAUUUGUUGAUCCAGAAGGAGAAACUGUGGACACUACUGAAGAUGCACAGAUGAAUUCACACCUGCCUGGUGCCAGGAGGACACCUGCCUCCAUCAAUAGUAGCAUGCUGGAACUGGAACGUGGCCGCUUUGUUCAAAAUUGGAUUAAUAAAUCUAACUCUGCAGUGCCUCCAGAAAGCUCAACUGAAGUAUCUGAAAUUGACCCACAAGCAGAGACAACAGAAGACUGUGAAUUUGCUAGUGAAUGUGGAAAGAAGUCAGCAGAUCACCUUAGUGACAUCUGCAUAGCAAGAGAUCAACCACAUCACAGCUCUGGGGCCACAAAUCCUCCUUUGGGGACAAAGAACCAGCCAUUAGUCAACCAGUCAAGUGAUUGUGCUACAACGGAAGAAGAUGACGGUGAAAAGCUAAGGAACAUUUUGAGCAGCAGUCGCAGUUCAAGCUCCUCUCUGAAAUCAUGGUACAAAACCACCCACUUUUCAGGCAGUUUUUCUGAAUCGGGGAGUCCUUCAUUUUUGAACUCUAGCAGCAGCUCUUUUGUCUUUUUGGAGAGGGCCAAAGAACAAACCCUACAGGCUCGCGUUCUCAGUGGCGACGACUAUAGCAGGCUUUUGUCAGGUGUAGACCAUGCCUGGCUAAUGGAAAGAAUGAAGAAUACAGGGCUCUUCAAGCCAAACCUCUUCGGUAAAGCGCACUCUGCCCUCUUUUUGAAAUUCUCCAAGAAAUCUGGGCUGUGGACUGCGCAGGAAACCGCUGUAUAUAUUGGGGACUACUUGAGCGUAGCAAAGAAAGGCAGACAAAGGAAUGCUUUUUGGAUACACUUUCUGCACCAAGAGGAAACUCUGGGAAGAUACGUUGGCAAGGAGUACAAAGACGAAAAGGAGCUUCUUCACCAUUUCAGUGAUGUGGAAAGGCAAAUGACUGCCCAGUACUAUGUGACAGAAUUCAACAAGAGGCUGCGUGAGCAAAAAAUCCUAACCCAAAUCUUCUACAUCCCAUCGGCGGUCCUCUUGGUACUAGAAGGAAAGUCUAUACAAGGAUGUGUAAGUGUGGAGCCUUACAUUCUAGGAGAGUUUGUGAAGUUAUCCAACAACACCAAAGUAGUAAAGCUGGAAUACAAAGCCACAGAAUAUGGACUCGCUUAUGGUCAUUUCUGCUAUGAGUUUUCCCAGGGCAGAGAUGUGGUGGUUGAUUUACAAGGUUGGGUGACUGGUAAUGGGAAAGGCCUCAUCUACCUGACUGACCCCCAGAUCCAUUCUCUCUCUCAGAAAGAGGCAUCAUGCCUGACAAACUUUGGGAAGAAAGGGAUUUGCUAUUUCUUCAACAAUCAGCACACAGAAUGCAAUGAAAUCUGCAGACGCCUUUCAUUGACUAGACCUUCAGUGGAGAAACAAAACCGACUUUGAGAAAAGAUAUUUCAAGUCACUUUUUGACCACAAAUCUAGAGAAUUUAUAGCAUUGGAUGUUCUAGCUAUGAUAUAGCAGUCGAGUUGGCUGCUUCUUAUGUGCUUUGUAUUUUAUUUUAUUUUUAAAAAAUAUGUAAAACAGGCUGAAAUGAAGAUUCUCUAGAAAAGUGACUGAAACUGAGCUAGGGGGAAAUAUAAACCAUUUGUACUGAACUGUAUGGUGGUUUAGCUUUAUAAAAAAAACCUUUUGGAGUAGAGAGCAGAGAAGUCUCCAGCUAUCAGAACAGAUAUACUGUACAGUAUUGUCAAAAACUGCUCUUCCUUCAUUCAUCACCUCUUCUUGUUCCAACUUCCCAGACAGCAUUUUAAAUCUGCCCCCGUCUCGCAGAUCUAUUCGCCAAUGCUGGGAUGGAUGCAGUAGCUGUUCUGCUACAAUGACCGUUUCCAUUUCGUUCACUGCUCUUGCAAAUGGGUGGAGGGGGGUUGCUCUCUUGCUCACAGCUAUAGGAUAUAAACCGCUGCUGGUUUGACACUCGUCCUCUUUGAAUGUUUUGUGGUAUGUGUGCUGUCCACAGGCAUCAACAGCGCUUGCCCUGGGUAAAAGCAGCUGUCGCGUUUUUCCUUUUUGCUACUUAUGAAGCAAUCUUUUGUGUUUAUAGAUCAAAGCCUGUAAUUCAUGGAUGUGACCUCCUUGGACUUUUUGUCAGCUACCACCUGGAGAAAUGGAAAGAAGCAAAAAGCAGAAUUACAGCCAUUGCACUUCCCAAGCAUUCACUAUAUUAUAAUAUCAAGAGAUUGCUCUUCCUCUCCCCAAAGCUCAGCUUUAGGGGGCAUUCUCCUGCACAAAACCCAGUGCUAUGAAUUGGAAUGACACAAAAGCAAUGCUAUGCUCUUGCAUAGCACCCACUCAUUUCACUAGGACCGGUGCAGGAGAACCUCCCUGCAGAUUGUACGCUUAGACUUCCCCCCGCUCCUCUUUAAAAGUAUCUACCAGUGCAGCUUUCCCAAAGUAAAACAAUGGUGGGAUCCCUGCUAUAGACCAGACAUCUGUUUUUUGCCACCCCUGUCAUUUGGAUUUCUUUGGAGCAGGUCUAAAGGCCAUUUCACAUGACCCUGGCUGCCUGCCAAAAUGUGAGUUGGCAGUUUGCAGGUUGAAUUUGUGCAGAUAAAUGGUUGUGUGAUUGCAUCACUAUGCACUCAACUCCAUCUAUUGUCAUUUAUUCGUUCAGUUUAGACUCCCAUUUUGCCACACGGCUGUUAUACCUUUUGGGGUUGGCACGACACAGUAUGUUACAAUAAAGCAAGAUCUAUCAUAAGAUGUUGCAGCCCCCACAAGUACUGCGUUGCCAUAUGGAGAAACCCACCAUGCGUAAUGACCAACUCAUUUCAAUAUGAUAUGAAUCAAUCUUAAAGAUUGCGAUCAAACCAUUGAUGAUGCUUGAUGCACAUUAGAGGCUAUUGAUGCAUGAACAGGGUUCUAAAUUGUGCAUUCGGGGUCACCACAAUACAGGCAUUUAGCACAAGCUCAUGGAGGGUGAUGGAGCUGGGCCUUCAGGAGCUAAAUAAUCUGUGUUCUUCCUGCUGGGGAACACCUCAACAGGGAUUGUAUUUGAAGUUCUUUGCAGCAAAGCAGCAUUGACUAUUAGCUGCUCAUCAUUAUCAGCUGCUAUGGGCAUUUUAUUAAUCUCAGACCUCUGGGGAAAGCUGCAGGGUUGAAGGUUCCUGGAACACCAAUUCAUAGAGCAUAUGUCUAUCAGUGGCUACCAGCCAUGAUGGCUAUGCUCUGCCUCCAUUGUCGGAGCCAGUAAUGCUUUUGAAGUGGGAGGGCACACUGUGUAAGUUGACACUUUACAGUCGCCUCCCACAACGCCUGACUGCCCUGUGCCUCCUCAGCCGCUGUCAGGUAUGAGAGGGAUACCUUCCAAGGCCUAAUCCAAGGCUCCUACAUCUGAAAUUCAAUAAAGUUGUGGCCUAAUUUUAAACCCAUACAUUGUUGUCAUGGCUCAUUCCUGGGGGGUGGGCUCCAGGGACAAGGUUUAGCGCGUGGGCUCGCAAUAUAUAUUGCUGUGUAAGGGUGGGGAAAGAGAAGGAACCUUCUCUUAUCAGACUCAUCCUUAACUGAUUUUCUUCAGCAGAUGUUUAAGAAACAACGACAUUUAAAAAUAAUAAUAUUGUAGAGUGCAUUUUGAAAAGGCGUGUGAUUAUUUGGGGCAUUUUGAGUAAUGUUGAAUGCAUAUGAUAUUUUAUCGACGCACAGAUCCCUACUACAAAGUUAGGCUGAACAAAAACCAUUGCCUUUUGUUUCUGAAACUUACAGGGAGCUGAGAUUUUCUGUGCUGCUGCUUCGCGCUGCUAUUGUUUUCUAGGUGAUGUUUGUGUGCUGCGUUGUUUGGAUAUACAAAUGCCCCGUCACAGUCCAGAGCCGGAGAAGAAAUUAGGUGUAAAGAGUAGAAAACUGGGGAGAGAAAGAGAGAGAGAAAUUAAAUCUCUUUAUUAUGGUGUGUAAAACCUUCAGGGUCGGGAAGCUUUGCAGCUGCGAAGGGAGAAAAAUGCAUUCACAAAAUAUAAUGCUAGUGUGAAUAAUCCUUUUCUAGAGUCUCACUUGCAGACUGCUCCAGCUUUGUCAGGUGAACUUGAACUGGGCCAUCAGCUUUGCUUUCGUUCCCAUUGCACACUGUCUAUCACCCGAGGGCAUUCAGCAUCUUGACUGUUUUAGAAAGGGAGCAAACAAUCCAUCAAUGAACCCAGAGUCACUUUCGCAUAGAAUAGUAAAAUCGGCAUGUGACGGUACACUCGGCUCCGGGGUUUUACAGAUUAAAAUGAUACAUGACAGCUCACAUGUUCCUGGGAAGAUUAUGUCGAUUAUCUUGUUCCACAGCCAAGAAAGACCAUUCUCUGUCUGCACCGAGAAACACUAGUGUUAACCAAAUAGUCACAGUUGCUGAAGCUCUAUCCGCAGGAAGAAACUGCUAAAGUUUCCUAAGCCAAUGCUGUAAAGCUAAAAUUCUAUUUUGCUCUCUGUGUAGGGAAAAAGUGAAGGAACCUUUUCUGAUCAGACUCAUCCUUAACUGAUUUUCUACACUGGAUGUUUAAGAAAUUCCUUGU